AUGUCGACGAUGACCAUCUCAACACGGGCAACGACAACUCUCAUCGGGACAGCGGCCAUGGGCCAUGUGGAGAUUUCACCUCAACCCUGUCCCACCUGUGGGGGAAGCAGCGAGACCUACGAUACGAUGGGAUCACAAAGACGAAUCGAGGAGCUCGAAAGCCAGGUACGAGCGUUGACGGAGCGCGCAGCCACGGCGGCGAAUAAGCUCGCCGACUACGAAGAUGAGCUGCAUCGUAUGCGCGCAUCUCGAUCCGCUCAUAGCACGUCCCAUAGUGACUCUUCCCGCCCUUCAUCCUCCUCACACUCCAGCAAAACACUGUCGCCGACUUCCAAGAGCGCUUCGCUCAAUGCGACAGCUACCGCUGCGCCGCCUACCCAAAGCCGCCUCUCUAGCUUGACCUCUUUCCUCCCCUAUCGUCGAGCGAGCGCGGCGACACCGACGUCUGGCGCAACUGCCGCCCCGGCGGCCGAUCCGCAGACGCCAACAACCAUGACGCCCCCGUCGCGAAUGCACGCAUCGCCCGCCGGCAGCGACUCCUCUGUCGAGCUUCAAAAUGCGCUCAGUCGCGAAAAGAGCCUGCGCAAAGCGGCGGAGUCGCAACUCUCGCAGGCAAGCACGGAGCUGGAAGAACUGACCGUGCAGCUCUUCAGUCAGGCCAACGAGAUGGUGGCACAGGAGCGCAAGGCUCGGGCGAAACUGGAGGAACGGGUCGCUGUCCUCGAGCGUCGGGAUGUCGAGAAGCGCGCGCGGCUGGAGAGACUGGAGAAUGCGAUGGCCCGGGUAGAGCGAUUGAAGGCUCUCGUGAACGUAUAG